AUGGCUCCUUCGUCUCGUCAAGCUCUUGCCGGCGCAAGCCUGGUGGCACUGGGCGCCGGCGCUCUGCUCUGCGCCCGCGCUUACGGCAGUAGCAGCACCGCCACCGGCAGCAGGUCUAGGGGUUCGUCGUCGGCAGCCGGGUCGGAAGGCGACGUGUCAACCUCUCCUGGAAGAAAGACAGCAGAGGUGAAGGAAACAUCGGAGAAGAUGCGGAAGGCGGGCGACGGGCCAGCUGCUCCCAAAGAGCCCUGUGGGGGGUGUGACUGCGGCUUGAUGGAGCCCGGACCGAUCGAGGGCACGAUGCACGCGUACGAGAGGCACAUCAUCAUCUGCAGUGGACACCAGAAUUGGCCGAAGGUAGUCGAGGCCGAAGAGUCGUCGUUGGCCGAGUCGCUCUUCAACCUGUGCCUGGGCGCAGGCCUGAUCUUCACUAAGAAGGUCGCCUUGGCGGCGAAGAAGGCGGGCGUGCCCAAGACCCGCCAGGUCAAGAUCUCGGCUUGCUCGGAGCCGUCGCGCGGGCGCGAGGGCACCACUGACGUCAUCGUUUACCCGGAGGGGCUAAUCUACUCCCUCUCCCGAGACGACACGAGCUCCUUGGAGCAGUUCCUCAACGUCCAGCUCAUCAACGGAGAAGUGGCGACGCAGCUCAAGCCCGUCCCCGUGUCGUAUAAGAAGAUGGUGCUGGUGUGCACCCACAUGUCUCGGGACAAGCGGUGCGGCCGCGCGGGCCCCCAGGUGAUCGGUGAGAUGGAGAAAGCCCUACAAGAGAGGGGGGUCGGCCCCGAUGAGAUCGCCGUGCGAGGAAGCUCCCACUUCGGAGGGCACAAGUACGCCGGGGUGCUGAUCAUCUACCCCCAGGGAGACUGGUUCGGGUUGGUUUCCAAGAAAAACGCCCCGGCGAUUGUCGACAAGUGCGUCCUAGGCACCGAGGGGAUGAAGACCAACUGGAGGGGAAACAUGGCCGACCCGGGCACGAAGAAGGAACCGGCCACCAAGCCGGAGCCGGCCACCGCCGCGGCCGCCGCUGCCGGGCCCACGCCCACGCAAGAACCGAAGUCGGCGGAGUCGGCGUCCAUCAACGGGGGCGGGCCGACCUCGAAACCCCGGCGCGAAAGCGUUGACGGCGCGUGAAGUAACUGGUGUUUUCAUUCACGGAAAGUUGUUUUCUGUGGUUCGGGUAUGAAUGCUUAACGGAAAAAGAUAUUUCGAAACACAGCCCCCGCGUGCACUCUUGCGCUCUCCUUUCCGUUCUUGUCAUGUAUUUUAGGAUACGUUUGUUAGAGGAGGAGUUCGUCUUGCACGAAUUUGAUGACUCGAGGUUUCGCCUCGCGAAACAGUCAACAAGUUGGUGUGAGGUUCAAGUGUUCGGACUUGUUUUUUUUUUCUGCUGAGGCGCAUGAGCGCGAUUGUAGCUCGUGUGCUGUGGGUGUUAUAUGUGCACGGGUCGCGCAUGGGAGGUAAUAUAGGUGGGUUGGGCUAAAGUGUGACGAUAGCGUUUGGGUACUAUCGCGCAGGGAACACUGCGAGGGGCUAGGAAGGUUUAUUCAGGUGUGUUGGUUGAGUGUACUUUUGUGCGGCAGCGUGGAGCGGCUUGCGUGUGGGUGAUUUCCGAUGCUCUUGUCUCGAGGGGAGCAGGGUGCGGAAUUUGUAGAAUAUUCGGUGUGGGGGAGCCACGGGAUGAAGCAAACAGGCCCUUAACGGGCUGUUGCGCUUCAUAGAUUGACGUAUUUUGGGGUUUUGCUUCUAUUGAGGAAGGACCGUCGAAACGCGACUGUCUGUCGUGUCACGGGGGAGAGGAAAGGGAAGAGUUUCCCGGGUAACUGUUGUCAUAGUCUCGGCUGUGACUGGUUUGUAGUGUGCCUGUUGGCCUACAUCUUUCUGUUUUC